ACUUGAAUAGUUUUGGGAAUCAUUCCCUAAAAACUUUUUUUAAUUUUAUUUUAGAAUAUAUUUAAAAUAUAUAUCAACUAGUAAGGAAGAGAAACAUCAAAAUCCUGUUUUCAAAAAUGAUGAUGAUCUAAAAAGAAAGGAAAGAAAAAUCCACCCAGGUUUAAGAACCAUCCAAGCCGUUUUGCCGAUUUUGAAAAAUUCUUGUUUCGACACUCAUCCAUCAUAUUCGAGAGAGAUUGUCGCUAAAACAAGCAGUACAGUACCAAUAGUAUAUCAUCAUGAAUGUUUAAAAUACAAAACUUUUAUCAUCCCCCAAAACAAUUGGCUUUAUGCCUAUCAAAAAAGACGUAAAAUGAUGCAUUAAAACAUCACUGGAUAAGACAAAGCAAAAGAAUUUUCUAUUAUCAUCUAUCUAAUUAGGAGUCACUAGUAAUUUUCUUUUAUUAGUCGAAUCCUAUCCAUCAACCACAACAACCAAUCCAUCAACCACGAAAUUCUUUUACACAUUUAUUUGCGGUAUAAUCAGUUCAAAUCAAGUUUGUGUGAAGACGACGCUCAUUAAUUACCCCCCAAAAAAAAAAUGUUUAGUAACAUAUUCGCAAGAAUUAUGUUAUUAAAUGUCGAGACGACAACUAACAUCAUCAUUUGCAAGUAAAUAGAGGAAGUUAUAUUAUAUCAAUAGAAAUAAUAUAGUAACAUCAUCAUCAUAUUCAUCAUAUUCAUCACUACUGCAUCGACUAGGUGUUCUUAAUUAAGAGAGCAGCAAAUUAUUACAACUAAGAAGUAAAUAUCAUCAAUCUCAGUUCUUUUAUCAGUCUGCUGUCAUACGAACUACGUUAAGUUCUGCUUCAAGAUAAGCAUCGCUGAGUUUGCUUUCUUGUGUUUCCCGCGAUUUUUGUUUUAUUUUUUCCCAUCAACAUCAACAUCACGUUAAUUCUUUAAAAAAGUUAUGAAGUAUCCUCAACUGGUGUCUACAAAAGCUGUUAAUGAAAUUUCUGAUUGGCUUAUAAAGCGUUUGGAAGAAUUAGAUAUUGAGCAUCCGGGCGUUUAUUCACGUCUGUUGCUCUCUCUUCUCCACACGCCAUUUAAAGUGAAUGCAAUUGAUUUAUUGGAGGACUUGAAAGAACCUUAUCGCUUUACAAACAAAAAUAAUGAAGAAUUGAAGCGACUAGCUGCUGUGGAGAGCUUAAUGGAAGUUUCGGCUGAAGAAAAUAAAUCAAGCAUUAUAAGUUUGGUUGACGAAUUACAUUUGAAAUUGAGAAAAUUUGAAAAUAAUAAUUGUGAGGAAAGUCCAAUGAAUACAAACAGUCGUGCAUCAAAUUCUUUAGCGUCAUCACCAAAGUAUGAUAAGAAUAAUAACAGCAACAAGAAUUUGAAGAAGAUCAAGAGAAAUCAUGGAAAUGAGAGUUCUACAAAGAAUUACUAUUUAGCAUUUCCAGCAUUAAGUGGUAAUAAGAAAAUAACGACGUCGACAACAAGUGCUGAGCGUAAACCGUUAUUAACAGAAAUUGAAGAGAGUAGUGGCAACAAUAAUAACAACAGCAGUAAAAAGACCAAUACAAAUUUACUCUCCUGGUCUAAUUUGAUGUCGAAUAAGAAAGACGCUUCAAUGAUUUCCUCUUCAUCUUUGCUUGAAAUUGACAACGAUAAUGGUAAUAUAAGGACACCUCGAAGGAAGCGACGCUAUGGGAAAGCUUAUAAAGGCUUUCCUAAGAAAAAUGACGUGCAAUUCACCACCAAAAGUUUUACUAUGUAUGACAAUGAAACAUUUUCUCCAAAGAAAAUGCAAAUGGUCAAAAGUAGCAACAGAAAAAAUCACCAAAGAAAUCAAUACGAUGCAUCAACAAAAACCAUAAAUAAGUACGAUAAAAACAGCGGAAUUCGAAACAAUAAUUUCUCAAACGUUAAAAAUGCCCCGAAAUUGGAUGAAUUAACAACUGGUUCUGCACCUUGGGACAUGGAUUUUAAAGGCCAUUGGGAAAUGGAUCGCGAUUUAAUAAGUGAAUUUAUUCAGCAACAAAAGGACGAAGUCAAUAAUUAUAAUUAUCAAAAAAUGGAUCGAUACAAUUAUUUCAAGAAUGAUGGAUCUACGAAUUUCAAUAAUAAUAAUAUUAAUAAUCCUGCUGAUCUAAUGAUCAAGUUUCAAGAGCAACAGCAAAUGAAUCCUUUCGUCAAUGUCAACAAUAAUAAAAAUAAUUAUAAUAAUGGUAAUAUUAAUCUGAAUAUGAAUUUUAAUAAUAAUUUGGAACAACGCAAAGGAGGAUGCUCAAGAAAGGACGAAGAUGAUGUCUUGCUAAUGAAUUGCCUACCAACAAAGCUCAUAAUUGAUGAAUCGCUGGUCGAUGAUCCAUUUAAUGUGAAGGUAAACAAACCAACAAAGAGUAAGGAAGCUCUAUCCAUUAGUUCAUUAAAAUCGAAAUUUGAUGAGAAUGUCAAGGCAAUAUGGGGUGAUGUUGAUGUUGGAUGUGAUACAUUAAAGCCAUUGACACACAAAUACUGUGAGGAUGAAGGCAGCGCAAGUCUCGCCAGUUCAUUUACAAGUGAAAAGAAUUCGCUCAGUUUAUUCAACUUCAAUGAACAGACACAUCAUUUUGUUGAGUUCAAUGCUCCAUGCACCGAAAAUUAUCAGCAGCAGCAGCAGCAAAUUUACAAGAACAUUGACUAUGACUGCAAUAACAAUAAUCCAAUGGCUUUUUAUGGCGGACGGGGCGCCAUUUCCAAAAGUAGCUCAUUUACCGCAAGUCCACGGCAAUUCUUUACAUCUGAUCAAAUGACAAAAUCAGAUUUCAUUAAAUCAGGCACAAACAUCCAAACAUCAAUCUGGUCUGAUAGUGGUGAUUUUACAAGCGAUGCCGAUAGCUUGAUUUUCAAAGAGGUCGCUGAUCCGAAUACAUCGACUUCAAACGAUAAUGAUGACAUCUACAAAAAUCUGAGUUCAAUUGGUGCGGAAAUGAAGCAACAUUGGCAAGAAACAAGCAACAACAACAAUAAUAAUGAUAAUGAUGAUGCACAGGACAGUAAUGAUGAAGAAGUAACACUAUUUAAUCACUCUGAAAGAAGCGGCGCAUUCAAAAAGUUUCGUCCUAUUCCACAAUCCACAACAAUUAUAAGAGCCGAUUAUCAUCCAUCGAAUUUAGAUGAAAGUGAGCGUAUAGUCGAACCAGAAAGUGAUGAGUCGGAAUCAUCUGAAAACUAUUUAACAUCGGAAAAGACACAUUUUGAGCCAAUUAUUCGCGAUGGUCAUACAUUUAUAAUUGAAAGUAACUGGGAUGAAAUUGAAUAUGAGCGUUCAGCAAGUGGUAGUUUAAUGUAUAAGGAUAAGCGUUAUAGAGUUUGGAACAAGUCAAAACUUCCAAAAUAUCAAAAUGAACUUGAUCUCUUUGCAAUAGAAAAUGAUCCAACACAAUUUGUCAUCAAAUAUGCACUGAAUGAGAACAAUAAGGAAUGUCAGACGAUUGAGAGUGAUUUUAUAAAGACAACCGCAACCGCAACAAUGGAUAAGAAUCAUAGUUUUUUGGAAAUUAAUGAAGAUUACUGCAAACGAAAAAUUUAUGAUGAAUAUUUUAAAGGCGUCAGCGAUUCCACGUCAGCUGAAAACAGAAAUAAGUGGCGUUUCGUUAAUAAUGCUGAUGAUUCAAACGAUUACUCAUUCUUCACAGUAAAUCGUGUCAAAAAUAAUACAACAUCUAAUAAUAGCAACAACAACCUAUCAACACAAACAUUUCCAGAGAUUCUCCUCUCUUCAAACUCAUCGUCGUCAUCGAUAUGCACAAUAACAUCAUCAUAUGAUGCCUCGGAAUCUUGGAGAAAUGUAAAAGUUGACGGCAAUAACAUGAUUGAUUCCGAAUAUAAUAAACAAACGCAAUGCAUGCAUCGUCUUUGGGAACAAUGUUUGAGUUGUGCACAAAUGAAUGAGGACCCAUAUGCUGAUAAGUCGUUGCCAGCAAAUCGCUUAAUGAAAGAUGAAUUAAAAAUGGAUGGUGAUGAGAUCAUGAAUGUUAUACAAAAUCUGUACAUUACUAGCGAUUAUUGUGACGAAGAGAAAGAGGAUGAUUGUGAGGAGUUUGAUAUGAAUCAUGUUUAUAUGAAUAUGAUUAUGGACGAUAGCAUGGAUGGUACGUGUACACUUGAAGAAGACGAGAAUAAAUUCUAUGAAACGAAUGUUGAUGUUAAAAAUCAAAAAAACUUAACGUCUGCAAUCGUAAGCAGUGGACAUCAUCAGAAAAAUGUCUUUAAUUUGGAGAAUUUUGACGAGAUAACUUUAACGCAUUGGCAAUGGAAUAAGAAUCCGGAAAAGGAUAAGAAUCACGAAAAAUAUUUGAAGCUAUUGAGUUGGAUCAGGGAAUCGCUUGAAACGAAUAAUUUUAAUAUAAAUAAUUAUAGUAAUUCUACUGCAGACACAAACAAUAAUGAUUGUCAAAAUUUAAAUGAAGUUCACCGACCAAAGAAUCGUAAACGUAGACAUUCAACAUGCCAAAAUCUCUUGGAAAACAAACGCUAUCAUACACACGAGGAAGGCUUUACGUAUCAUUUAAAUCUCGACACUUCAAUUACUCCGCCAUCAUUUCUUGACGAUCCAGCCAAUAAUUACUUCAUUGAUGCUGCUAAAAUGCUUAAAGUUAAUAUCGAAAAGAUCCUCCUUAUUCACGCUGAUCCUUGCUUUAAUAUUAAUGUUAAUGAUAUGGCUGGAGCUCUUAUGAAAGAAUCGCAGUACUACAAGGAUCAAAUGGAUGGCGCAAAUUAUUAUCGAAACAUAUUGCAACAACAGCAUACACUUAUCAAACAGCUUGAUCUUUCUCGGCCUCUAACGCGUUAAAUACAGCAACAACAACAAAAAAAAAACGAGCAAAUAUGAGAGCAUUGUAUAUGUAGGAAAUACAUUUUGCGCUUUUUCUUUAUUACAUACACACAUAUACACGCAUAAAAUUAUUAUAAUAAAAACCAAGGCAAAUCACAAUGGAUUAAUGGAUGGAAAUACAACAAGUUAAAAAACGGUAAAUAAUUAUUUACAAAAAAAAAAUAUAGAAAAAAUAAUGGUUUCAAGAAUUUUUCGGAUUGUUGGAUGAUCAUUUUCUAUUCAAAUCAUCAAGUUGUGACUGUAAACUUAUAUUGAAAAGCUCUUUUUUAAUAGCGCUUUUCAUCAGUCACACAUAUAUAAAGCAAAAUUAAUUUCGAAUCCAGUAAAAAAAAGGUUUAAAAAAAAUUAAUUGUAAUAUUGACUAUGUCAAUCGUUAAUAUAAGCGAAGGACGUGCUUAAUAUUUCAAAUAAUACAAAAAAAUCAUAAAAAAAUGCUCGGAAAAAUCAAUUUUAA